UCGCUUUCACCGACUCCGAGAGGUUGAUUGGUGAUGCCGCUAAGAACCAGGUCGCCAUGAACCCCAUUAACACUGUCUUCGAUGCAAAGAGAUUGAUUGGUCGGAGAUUCAGUGACGCAUCUGUCCAAAGCGACAUGAAGCUAUGGCCUUUCAAGAUCAUCCCUGGUCCUGCCGACAAACCCAUGAUUGUUGUCAGCUACAAGGGAGAAGAGAAACAGUUUGCUGCUGAGGAGAUCUCUUCCAUGGUCCUCAUCAAGAUGCGUGAGAUAGCUGAAGCUUACCUUGGUGUCACCAUCAAGAACGCUGUGGUCACUGUCCCUGCUUACUUCAAUGACUCUCAGCGUCAAGCCACAAAGGACGCUGGUGUCAUUGCUGGUUUGAAUGUGAUGCGUAUCAUCAAUGAGCCCACUGCUGCAGCUAUCGCUUACGGUCUUGACAAGAAGGCCACCAGUGUUGGAGAGAAGAACGUGUUGAUCUUUGAUCUCGGUGGUGGUACUUUUGAUGUUUCUCUUCUCACCAUUGAAGAGGGUAUCUUUGAGGUCAAGGCUACUGCUGGAGACACUCAUCUUGGUGGUGAGGACUUUGACAAUAGAAUGGUCAACCACUUUGUUCAGGAGUUUAAGAGGAAGAGCAAGAAAGACAUCAGCGGCAACCCAAGAGCUCUUAGGCGGUUGAGGACUGCCUGUGAGAGAGCAAAGAGGACUCUCUCCUCCACCGCUCAAACCACCAUAGAGAUUGACUCUCUCUUUGAGGGUAUUGACUUCUACUCUGCACUCACCCGUGCCAGGUUUGAGGAGCUCAACAUGGAUCUUUUCAGAAAAUGUAUGGAGCCUGUUGAGAAGUGUCUACGUGAUGCUAAGAUGGACAAGAGCACUGUCCAUGAUGUUGUCCUUGUUGGCGGUUCUACACGUAUCCCUAAAGUUCAACAGCUUCUCCAAGAUUUCUUCAACGGUAAAGAGCUCUGCAAGUCUAUUAACCCAGACGAGGCUGUGGCUUACGGUGCAGCUGUUCAGGGGGCUAUUCUGAGUGGUGAAGGAAACGAGAAGGUGCAGGACCUUCUACUCUUGGAUGUUACUCCUCUUUCUCUCGGUCUUGAAACAGCUGGUGGAGUCAUGACCACCUUGAUCCAGAGGAACACGACAAUUCCAACUAAAAAGGAGCAGGUCUUCUCCACGUACUCAGACAACCAGCCUGGUGUGUUGAUCCAAGUCUACGAAGGUGAGAGAGCUAGGACCAAGGACAACAAUCUCCUUGGAAAGUUCGAGCUUUCUGGCAUCCCUCCUGCUCCACGUGGUGUCCCUCAGAUUACUGUCUGUUUUGACAUUGACGCAAAUGGUAUUCUCAACGUCUCUGCCGAGGACAAGACCACCGGCCAGAAGAACAAGAUCACCAUCACCAAUGACAAGGGUCGCUUGUCUAAGGACGAGAUUGAGAAGAUGGUCCAAGAGGCUGAGAAGUACAAAUCUGAGGAUGAGGAGCACAAGAAGAAGGUCGAGGCCAAGAAUGCUCUUGAGAACUAUGCUUACAACAUGAGAAACACCAUUCGUGAUGACAAGAUAGGCGAGAAGCUUCCUGCUGCAGACAAGAAGAAGAUAGAGGAUUCGGUUGAGGAAGCUAUCCAAUGGCUUGAUGGUAACCAGACUGCUGAAGCGGAUGAGUUCGAGGACAAGAUGAAAGAGUUGGAGAGCGUUUGCAACCCCAUCAUUGCGAAGAUGUACCAAGGAGCUGGUGGUGAGGCUGGUGGCCCCGCUGGAAUGGAUGAUGAUGAAGCUCCUCCAUCUACCGGAGGUGCUGGCCCCAAGAUUGAAGAAGUCGACUAAAUUAUCUGUUUGAAUGAUUUUGGCUCGAGACCAGAAUCUUUGUUUCGGUUUUAUGUCUUGCUCUGUUAUUGAGCGAUGUACUCUCUCUAUCUCUUGUUUGACCUUUUUCUAUAUUUUGAUUUAAGAUGCAGUUUUUGAACUUCGUUUUAAUUGGUCUCUCUAGUGUUGUAUCCAUUGCUUGUGGCUUUAAUCACGUAGUAUAAUGGAAACAGAGAAAGGGAAUACCGAAUUGGUGCUCUUCAGCACUGGCCUCAGAGCUGAAGCUUUCAUGUUUAUGUUUCCUCAGUGAUUUUCGGUUGAUCUUUCUAUAAGGGGACCAUAUUUUGUCCCUAUGGUGUAUGUUUGGGUGGGUUGCUUGCUUGGUUCAAAGAUCUAUGGUGGGAUAUCUUUUACUAAAGUGUAUGAGAGUCUUUGUCGCUGUAUAGCUCUGCGAUUCAUGGUGUUCAGAGCAGCGGCGUUUGCCAGACCUCUCUCCAAGUCUGGUAUCUGGUACUCUGACGUUAUGUUUAAGAGGAGUCUUUCCAUGGUCUUGGUGCAACGGUACAGUUGUGGUGUUGAUCAUGGCUGAUCUCCAGGUUCUUGGAUGAUUUCUCUGGCUCCAGUUAGAUUGUUCUUGUUGAUGAUCACUUGAUACUGAACUUCAAACUGAUCUGUCAUGCUUUCAACUUGGUCUUUGAAGCUUGUACAAGAUUUUAUACAGUGAUGCUCAUUUCUUGUUCUCCAGGUUCAUUUGUGAUUCGAGCAAAAAUAAAUUUCAGUAUAAUGAUC